CAAGAAAUUGCGGAAGAAUCAUAUCUCCACGGACUGUGUAUGCAUAACGUAUCUACUUGUUUUUCUGCGAGUGCAUUUCAGAUACUUUUUCCGAUUUUGUUCCACGUUGAUCGUGUAUGAAGCGCAUGCUCAGAUUAUCAAACGGUGCAGUUUUUGCUUUAUCGAGGAAUACGGAGGUGAGUAUUGACUUUCAGAGGAUUUUAAAGAUAUAAAUAUGACCACUUCAUGGAGCGACAGACUGCAGAACUAUGCAGACCUUCCAGCCAACAUGGACGGGCUGGCCAUGAAGAAGUACCGCAGAGAGGCUUACCAUAGAGUUUUUGUAAACAGAAGCUUGGCCAUGGAGAAGAUUAAAUGCUUUGGCUUCGAUAUGGAUUACACUCUAGCCGUGUACAAGUCUCCAGAGUAUGAGUCCCUGGGCUUUGAGCUGACCGUGGAGCGCCUGGUCCACAUCGGUUACCCCCAGGAGCUGCUCAGCUUCGUCUACGACCCCGCCUUCCCCACCAGAGGCCUGGUGUUUGACACCAUGUAUGGGAACCUGUUGAAGGUGGACGCCUACGGCAACAUCCUGGUCUGUGUCCACGGCUUCAAUUUCCUACGAGGACCUGAAAUACGGGAGCUAUACCCGAACAAGUUCAUCCAACGUGACGACACUGAACGUUUCUAUAUCCUCAACACUCUCUUCAACUUGCCAGAGACCUACCUCUUUGCCUGCCUCGUGGACUUCUUCUCAAACUGUGACAGAUAUGCAAGCUGUGAGACUGGCUUUAAAGAUGGCGACCUCUUCAUGUCCUUCAAGAGCAUGUUCCAGGACAUCCGCGACGCCGUCGACUGGGUCCACUUCAAGGGCACCCUGAAGGAAAAGACAGUAGAGAACCUUGAAAAGUACGUAGUGAGAGACGCAAAGCUGCCUCUCCUGCUGAGUAGAAUGAAUGAAGUAGCCAAGGUGUUCCUGGCCACCAACAGUGACUACAAAUACACACACAAGAUCAUGACAUACCUGUUUGACUUCCCCCACGGCCCGAAGCACGGGACGGCCCACCGGCCGUGGCAGUCCUACUUUGACCUGAUUCUGGUGGACGCUAGGAAGCCUCUGUUCUUUGGAGAGGGAACGGUGCUCAGACAAGUCGACACAACGACAGGGCGGCUGAAGAUCGGGACCUACACCGGACCCCUGCACCAUGGCAUCGUCUACUCUGGAGGUUCUUCUGACAUCGUGUGUGACCUGCUGGGGGCCAAGGGGAAGGACAUCGUUUACAUCGGAGACCACAUCUUCGGGGACAUCCUCAAGUCCAAGAAACGCCAGGGCUGGAGGACCUUCCUCGUCAUCCCCGAGCUGGCCCAGGAGUUGCAUGUCUGGACUGACAAGAGCUCGUUAUUCGAGGAAUUGCAGGGCCUAGACAUUUUCUUGGCAGAGCUCUACAAGCAUCUAGACAGCAGUAGUAAUGAGAGACCUGACAUCAGUACUCUCCAGAGAAGGGUCAAGAAAGUGACCCACGACAUGGACAUGUGCUAUGGUAUGAUGGGUAGUCUGUUCAGGUCUGGCUCCAGACAGACUCUGUUUGCCUCUCAGGUGAUGCGCUAUGCUGACCUGUACGCUGCUUCCUUCAUCAACCUCCUGUACUAUCCCUUCAGCUACCUCUUCAGAGCUGCUCACGUACUGAUGCCCCACGAGUCAACGGUGGAGCACGCGCACAUCGACACGGACACCGAGUCCCCCCUGGCCACGCGCAACCGCCACUGCACUGACAGCAAGGACCCGGAGUGCUGUAGCAACAGGAACCACAGCCAGCUGACCCGGUCCAUCAGUGAGAUCAAACCCCCCAACAUGUUCCCCCAGACCCCCCAGGAGAUCACCCACUGCCACGAUGAAGACGACGAUGAGGAGGAGGAAGAGUAGAUGGAGGAGGUGUGAUGGCGUGGCCCUAAUCAGGCUUGAUUCCUCCCUAGGAGGAGGAAGAGAGAGAGGAGUGAAAAACCGUCUUGAUUCCUCCCUAGGAGGAGGAAGAGAGAGAGGAGUGAAAAACCGUCUUGAUUCCUCCCUAGGAGGAGGAAGAGAGAGAGGAGUGAAAAACCGUCUUGAUUCCUUCCUGGUGUUUCCCUGAGGGGGUUUUAGAGUAUAUAUACUUCUAGGAAGAUAUAAACUAUAAUGUACUCUAUAGUCCACAGUAAGAGGGGAUAUUGCCAUUGUAGUGUAUCUAUAGGGGAUUUAUAUAGAGAGAAAUGAAGCUACUUUUUAUACUAGAGAUGUAUCAGGAUAUAUAGGUUUUAUUAAUCAGAUCAGUCAACUGUAUGUUAAUACAGUAACAGUUGCUGCUCGGUUCUCCAAAAACGUUGCCCCGUGCCCACCCCUUCAAGUUUUAUGUUUUCAAUGGUCGUGUUUUCUAUGGAUUUUUAUGAUGAAAUGGGAAAAGGUUGACUUGAAGUUGGCCAAUUUUUUUAUUUAUUUUUUAAGUUGAUGAAGCUAAAACAGUUUUUACGGCAUAGGAUGUUGUAGCAGACAAAUAUACAUGAAUACACACAAGAAGCAAAUAUUACGAACACUACUUUUCUCUGUACUGACCUUACACAGUGUCUGGUCAUAGAGAAGAGUUCCCUGUGUGUGUUUACAUAGUACACAUUAAUGCAGGCACCAUACUGUAGUUUGAAUGUGAAGCACUAAGGCGGAAUAGCCUUUGCCAAACAGUAUGUACUGUAUAUAAACUCUAUAUACUGUUUUGCUGUUAUCCUUUUGAAAUGAAAGUGUUCUAGGCUUGCUGUACUGGCGUUGAAAGAACACGCGUAUCGAGUUACAUGGCAAUCCAAAAACAUGGUCCACAAAUGUAUUUCGCACUGUUUGUUAUUUUGGUAAUUUUUUUGCAGUAUAAUUCCUCCCGUCGUGACCCUGCAUAACACAGCUUGUGUGUGUGUGUGUCCGGCCUUGGCCAAUCAAAAGUCGAGUUUGCAUCGUCCUGAGCGACAGUAACCAAGGCAUCCAUAAUUGUACUAAAGAACAGUGUGAUGUAUGUUUUGGGUUACACAAAGCACAAGUCUGAUUGUGGGUAACUAAUUAUCAAUAUUAGCUCGAUAUGACAUGAAGCGUGCUGUCUAUUUAAAGUAUGGUGCACAAUGUAAUCUGUGAUUCUGUAUGGCUAAUUUCAACUGACGUUUUGAAAUGCAUGUAAUGUUGUUUCUAGGCAACCGUGCGUACAGGGUAACGAUUAUGCUGCCUCUGUACAGAUGGGGUCUAUGGCAACUGUUGACGGUCACAUAGGCCUAAUGCUAUUGAGAGGCAGUGACCCAGUAUUACUGUUCUCAUACAUGAUACUGUAAAAAGCAAGACAUUCAUCAUGCAAAAUACCAUAUAUAUUUUUUUGUUCUCCUGUAGGAUGAUAUGAGAUAUGGAAACCUGCAACAUUGUUACACUGUGCAACUAACAUGCAGUAGUAGUUUUACCUUUUUUUACUAAGCUUGGAGUUGUUCGUUAAGUGUUCUCUUGAAUAUUAAAUUGUAACAGUUUUAUUUUUUAUUGCAUAGAACCGCUUUAGUUAGAACUGUCAUAUCCACCCCUACCGAACCAAACCCUCAUAUUCCAUGUGUGAUAAUAUGGUCUGGUGUUUCCUAGUCAUUCUUUGCAGUUAACAUGGAGAGUACAGUGUGUUAUAGGAACAGACCUGGGUUCAAAUACUAUUUAAAAUGUUUCAAAUACUUUAGCCUGCCUGGAGUGCCGCCAGGUGGGCAGAGUUUGUAACUUUUGUGAAAAAUAUGUUGGUUCCACUCCAGGCAAGCUCAGUCAAGCCCCAAUAAAAUAUAUUAAAUGAUUUUGAAUCGUAUUUGAACCCAGGUCUGAUCUACAGUAGGCCUUGAUAUGCAAAAAGUAAAUCCAGGUCAGCCUGGGUGCUCUGACGUGUAGGCCUUGAGAAUGCACGGGCACCAGACAAGCAACCAACGCCUCGGCGAGAGGGUGUUUGUGUCUGACUGCCCCAGAGAGGAUAGGGUGGGCCUGGGAAAAGGACAAGGGUGUGCCCUCCUGACUGGUGGAAUAGCUUGUAGACUCACCCUAGCAGGCCUAUGAAGUAUGGAAGAUGUAUAAAGGACUGUAGCUACACUAUUCUGGAGUUUUGUUGGAUCACUUAGGGGUAAGAAACACUGAAUGAUGCAAAGAAGCACCUGAUAUUUCCCACAAGGGUUGCAUUUGCUAUCUCCAAACCUUUUAAUAUCAAAAAGGAAAUUGCAAUCGUAGAUUAGGCCCACAAUUCCACUGAAACGUUGAGAUAUUAAAAAAAAAAAUUGCUGGAAAAUGUUACCGACUUGGUUAAUAUUAAACUAUCCUGUUUAGCAAUGGAAAUGCUAAACAUUUUCGGUUGUGUGUCCUAAUGAACAUGACCCAGAUGGUAUGCAGUACGGAGGGCAGGACAACUGCCCUGGAAGAGGGACGUUUUUUUGUUAUAGGUUAUCUGCAAUAUCAUAUGUGUAUGCUAUGUAAAACAUGCGUAUCACUUUAUUUCUAAGGCAUGUAGUUGUGUAGCUAGAGGUUUCGAUUGGCCUGUUGAUUUGGGCUGAUGAACGGGAGACCAAUAGCGGGUCUCUGUUUGUAACCUGGUGUUGUUUGCCGAGGCAAGUAGUAAAAAGUGGAAUGUGGGUUCAACUGGGGAUCUUUGUAACAAUUUUAGUAAGAGUAGAAUCUGUUUUAGAGGAACUAUAUAGAGUGAUUCAAUAUUUUAUUACUCUCUGAAAAAAGCUUAUCUUUUUAAGUAUUGAUUUAACUGGAAAUACUACAAAAACACCCGGGCAGCUGUAUUCUUCACCUGGUUGGUUAGUUGAUUUUUUUUGGUCUCAUUACUGACGAAUUCAUAAUAAAGCUUGGUCGUUGGGAGGAAAAUUUGAAGUCCUUUUCUGUCAAAGCACUUGACAAGACAUUAUUUGUAUGCAAUGCCGCAGUACAGUGCAUUAUACAUGUAAACUAAGUUACUAAAAGGCUGGCCAAUGCAAGCAAAUGGCUUACGUCAAAGUUGUUUUAACUGUAUGGCUAGAACCAGGUUAGGGCUACAACUGAUAUGUGGAAGAAAAGAAAACCUGUCCGUCUGAGAAAAAGCUCUGGCCACAAGUUCUACAAGGUCGUCUGUGUAGUAACAAUUGUACACUUAAUAAUAAUAAUACUAAUAAUAAUAGCCUUGCAGACCGAUAUGCUGAAAACUAGGCGAUGUUGAAGAGCAUGUAUUUACCUUGCAUCAGAAAUGGCACCUUUUUCAACAACACCUUGGCUUUACUGUUUGUGUUUGUUUUUUCUAACCAGUGUUUUCAGAUUCGUAGUUUACAAAGUUGUAUAUAAUAUUAUAAGCGUUUCCAUUUACAUGUUGUGGAAGAAAUGUUCCUUAAAUUCUUUAUACACUUUUUUUUCCUUUUUGUUUUUGGCAUUUUUCUAGUUUGACACUUUUUACUAUAAUGGCUUCAGUGAGUGUCUGAGCUAGCUAAACCUGGCCAACAGGUUAAUGCCACCAUCCAUUUAUACAAUUUGUCCAUUUAUACAACAUUUUAACAAUUGCAGACCGAGCGUGACAACUAUCACGCAUUCACUUAUUUUUUGUUUCGUGUAUUUUCUUGGAUGUUCCUCAGAGCGUUUUGUUUCCAGAAUUAUUAUAUAAUGUGUACAUUGGGGAAAUUAAAUUUAUUUGUACAAUAAAAGCUAAUUUUCCAUAAUAAGUCA